ACAAGCGUAGACACGUGUAGCAUCGCACAUGUUGUACUAGCAGUUUCAAUGAGCGGCUGACAAUUGCUGACAGUGGAGUGAAACAAAGACCAUUUGAACUGAUUAAACAGCAACUGAAGGCAGAGAGGGAGUGGAGUUCUGGUGCCGAACGGCUGUUGCUGCUACUACUUCAUCAAGGAAGACAGAGUGGUAGCCAUGGAGUCUUCCAGGAGCACAUCAUCACUGGGCUCACGUGACUCACUGGGCUCAUUGGAUAGCUUCCUCUACAGUGAUGGGGAUUCAGCAGAGGAAGAUGUAGAUGUGUUUCUUCCUAGCAAUAAGGAGGUUUCUCCUAAGGAGGACUCUCUGACAGCUGCCCCAAUCCAAGGGGAAGCCAGAACUGUCAGGCCCAGGCUUACAGAUGGUGCCAAGCCUCAGGCGUCUCCUUUAAGACUAUCAUAUUUGUGGAGACAACGGGAAGACAAGCUCACAGAGAUGGGAUGCAGAGAAAAGGGAAAAGAUAAAAUUUAUUCCAGUACUUCCCAUGUCAGCUCAAGUGGCUGUGGCCUGAAAAGACCCUGGAAGCUAGAGGAGAAACACAUGCAUAGUGCAGGUGCAAAACACUGCUGCACAGAAGGAGAUCUGCUUUUCACUCAAAAGUGCAAAGAACUUCAAGGUUUCAUUCGGCCACUGCUGGAACUGCUAAAUGGAAUUAAGACAGGACGCUAUGACAAAGGUCUGAGCAGCUUCCAACAGAGUGUAGCAAUGGACCGGAUCCAAAGGAUUGUAGGAGUCCUACAGAAGCCUGCAAUGGGGGAACGUUACCUUGGAAUACUAUUGCAAGUUGAAAUGAUGUUGAAGUUAUGGUUCCCUCACAUCUCUACCAUACCCACCUCUAAAACAGAGGAAGGCCAGCAGUGUACACCAUCAAAGCAACCUCGGAUUAUCUCUUCAAAAUUUAAAAGCACUGAGGUGACUAGCAGCAUUCAGACUCCAAGCUAUCAACAUGGAAGCAUGAUCAGGACCAGAGAAAGAAACCGCACUGCUAAUGCAAUGGAAAGACAUUACCUGCCACACCACACAUGCCAAUGGUCUGCACUGAGUUUGACUUGGGUUCAUGUAAGACCUAUCUGCACUCCACCACAACUACAGUCAGCUUUGGGCCAUUCAGGAGGUACUCCCAGAACUCCUCAUGCUUUGAACCAAGGAGCUUCCAUUAAUACAUCAAGCCUAGAAGCCACUCAGGACAGCUCAGUUUCAUCUACUACACCGUUUCACGACCCUGCCUAUCUGGUCAAAGAGACCACUCUUCCUGCCACAAUCAUUAAUGGCUCUGGACCAGCCCGGUGCCAAAGUGUGCCCCUUGUUGUGGAAGCAGUGGGCACUAGCAAGAGAACACUUGCAGAAUGUCAGAACCUUUCUGUGUCUUUGCCUAUGCUGUUGCCGCCAUCUUCCAUUCUUGGCUCAAAUCUACUGCACUGCCACAAACGGGACUUAACUGUGCACCCAGUGCUUCAGACACAACACAGAACUGACGAGUCCUGACCUUUGUUUAUUUUUUGUUCUUCAGGGUAGUGUUAUAGAGACUAGACAUGGCACUAGCAUUUACAUGAUUGAUGAAACAUUUCACCCUUUUCACAAAGCUGGCUGAGCACACAAAAAAUACUUCAUAGAAAACAUGAAAACUCUUAAAACUUCCACAAAUCUGUCUGUUUUAUAUAUAGACAGAUUUUUGAAUGUAAGGUAAAAUUUGAAAAUGUUUCCCUCAAUUCAAAACUAUUCUAAACAUUUGCUUUUCUCUUGACAGGAGAAGGUAAAAUACAAGAUAAAUUACAAAACGUUAAUUGUACAAAUUAUUCCUGCAUCUACAAAAAUGCAGUCUUGUUUUAGACUCUGUCUUUCUCCUGUUGAGGAAAUAGAUUAAGUAAAGAGAAGUUGUCUUCACAAUAGGGGAAAUAAUAGUUGUGUGGCUGCUUUUUUUCUUCUGUGAGAAAUACUAAAGAGUUACAGCAAGAAGGAAGGGCCAGUCCCUGCUGUGUACAAUUUCAGGGCAGCUUCUUUCUUUCCUCAAGUCAAGGUCAUUUUGGUUAAUAUUCCAAUAACCCUACUUAUACUUUUUAAUUUUUUAAGGGAAAUAUAUACUUUUUUUUUCUUUUGCACACAAUGGAAAAAGUGAGAGAAGGACACCUUCGAAACCCUUAGUCCGCAUUCCAGAGGGUGCCUCAUGACAAAUUGGAUUGCACACUCUUUAUAUAUUUGCCCUUAAUGCUAGCCUCUCCUACAUAUUGGCAUAUUUUUUGUCUAUCUUAAUCCUAAUGGUAGCUUCCUAAGGGUAUGCCAACCUCAAAUUACUAAUGUAGUAGGGAUUGGGCCAUCUUCUGAAUAUACUUAUAAGGAACCCCACGAUUACCUCUUGGAAAACAACAGCAAUUUGGGGCUACAGAAAGAUGGCACCAAGGGGCAAAUUUUGCUGCAGGUUUGACUCUAAUGAGCAAGUACAGACCCUCAGCCUCCCCAGGAGUAUCCUUGCUUUGGCCUAGAUUUUCAUAUACUAGAUAAGGCGAUUCUUUCCAUGUCAGCUUUGAUAAUAAUGUGGUUUCUUAGUAGAUCACUCCUUGCGUUCCACAGCCUUUUUGGCUUGCAUUGCCUUCAAGAAGUUCACUGUAUUUUCAAUCAUCUUAUGCCUUGCAAACUUCAGUGCCCAAUAACAUACAGAUCAGCUGACCUGCUGUUCUUAGACCAAUCACCAGUGACCUUUGAAUGGUUGUCUGUCUUGUGUGGACAGAGCCUGUGGUGUUUCAUUCGAGGAAGGGAGCAGCCCAUUUUGCUCACUGCUUGUAUAAUCCAUUUUAUAGUAGACAUAUGUCUGGUUUAGUCUGCCUUCGGUGCUUUCCUUAUGUUUAAAUGUGUGUGUGUGGUUUUUUUUUUAUGAUUUAUUUUCUUGAACUACUGUAUGUAUUGUUAGUACCACAGUCUUUUGCACCUUGGUAAUUAACCUUCCCCAGGAUGCUAGUUUCAUAAUAAGGAGUUCCAAGUCUGCCUUACCUAUACCCCAAAUCACGCACGGUUUGUUGCACAUGUCACCAAAAAUUAAUCUGGGAUUUAAUGUUAAUAAACGCUGAAAGAAA